CAACAAUUAAUCAGUAAAAGUAAUAGUUCUUCAUUUAUCAAAGAAAUCGAUAGUUUUGUUAACCGAAAAAAAGAAGUUGGCAGAGAAAAUCAAGCACAAGCUAAAAAACUAACAGGAAAAAAAAACGGAAGAUUAUUAUUAUUGGGUGUCAUGGAAAGCAGAAAG